AUGGACACCCCUGCAGCGGCGGCGGCGCCGUCAACACCAAAACAGCACAUGUUUAUGUCGACGCAGUUGAGUCGGGUUAUGUACAUGAACGCUGUGUAUUUUCACAGUAGGUACAUUGCUCAUGACCAAACGCCCGGGAAGCUCGACUAUGGUUGCAUCAAUUUGGUAUUCUACGCGUACGCGAGCGUCGCCCGAGACGGAAUCGUAAAUCUCGGCGACGAAUGGGCCGACAUUAGGGUGCCCGUGGAUGGUUGUGAGGGAGGACUCGGCUCUCUGAUGAAGCUCAAGCAGCAGCAUAAGCACCUCAAAGUAUUCCUUUCCAUAGGCGGCCCGACUGCAUCAGGCGUGUUUCCCUCUAUUGCCAAUACUAGGGCAACGCGUAACAAUUUUGCGCACACGGCAGCGGGGCUCGUGCAAGCUUCUGGGCUCGACGGCGUCGACAUUUCAUGGAACUUGCCGGCUGACCCAGUGCAAGGCCGGAACUUCCUCUUGCUCGCGCAGGCCGUGCGAUCCAAGCUACAUAAUAAGCAACACAUGUUGACGGCGGCGUUGCCGGCAAACCCGGCCGUGCUGCAGCACAUUGACCUCCCAGCAGCGGCGAAGGCCUUAGACUUUGUGAACCUACAGACAUACAAUCUACACUACUCGCAACCCGGCCGCAGCCUAUGCCCGGCGCAGCUGUACUCGCUGGCCAAAGACGAGCCGUCCGCGUCGACGGCGGCCGGGUACCUUGUGUCGAAAUUUUUCCCAGCAGAAAAGGUACUUCUGGGCAUUCCCACCUUUGGCACAACCUUUCCGGGCUGUGACGGCCCGGCGCAGCCGUAUGACCCGGUUGCUUCCCUGACGGUCGACUACAAAGAGCUUCCGGUCGAGGGGCGGCAAGAGGGUAUCGACCGGCGCCGCAUUUCGGCAUACUGUGUGGGCGGCGAUGAAGGAUUCAUCGCGUACGACAAUCCGGAAACGGUGAGGGAGAAAGGCGACUUUUGCAAGAAAAAGGGAUUCGGGGGCCUUUUCUAUACCAAUGCUUGCUCAGACGCAAAGGAGCGGCCGAGAAGUCUCAUCACGGCUGGGUUCGUGGCAUUGCACAGCUCGGGAUAA